AUGGCGGAGGAGGAUCACGACAUCCUUAUGAUCAAGGGUCUGGUCCAGGAAGCUUCGGAGGUCAAGGAGGAGGACCGCCACCAGCAAACUUUGGAGGUCAGGGAGGAGGGGCGCCUCCAGGAAGCUUUGGUGGGCAUGGUGGAGGUCAGGGUGCGGGAGGGUUCAGAGCAAAUGAUGGGAGAAGUUUUGAAGGGACACGGUAAUGAUUUUCAAGGUGGACCGCCGGGUGGUUUCAAUUUUGUACCUGGUCCUGGAGGAGGUGAAUAUCGGGGUGGGCACAACGGAAACAAUUUCCGACGUCCAUAUGAUCACAGGAAUAAGUUCGGGCAGUACCAUGGUGGAACCAAUAUGGGUCGGUUUGGAGGAAGAGGUCGUGGGAGAGUUCCUGUAUCUGGUUUUGCUGAGAAGAGGGCUGCUACAGAGAAGGUUGUGGACAAGCGGAGUGAGGGGGAGCCGACAAAAGCAGCGCCUUCCCAAGUUUUUGUUCAGAAACAGCCCCAAGGUAUGGUUGAUCAAACUGGACAACAGCGGCAGAUGAUCAUAGAUGGCGAGGGUUCUAACUCGGGGAAAGAAAAGGAAGCUACAGGUGCCAAAAAGAAGGAUAAAUCUGCUGAGAAGUUGAGGUGCUUUCGUUGUGGUGUUCCCGGUCAUUUCUCCAUUGAAUGCAAAGUCGAGAUUUGUGUUUUCUGUGAGUCAUCAGAGCAUAAGGAUGAUGAGUGUCCCUUGCAUAAGAUGAAGAAGCCGAUGCUCUCCUUAUAUGGAUACGGCCAUGAGGAGCUUGCUUUUGUUGAGGUUGAACCGACUCCUGAUUUCAAACCAAAGUCGGAUAAUGGACGUAUGUGUAGGAUUACAGUAACAGGAGGAUCACUGUCCACUGACAAGAUCAUUGAGCGUCUGCGAUGGUGCAUUGAUGAUACCUUUCAGUGGGAUGUGCAGCCGCAGGGGACAAAUAUUUAUAAAACUCAAUUUCCGAGCAAGAUUGAGUUACAGAGGGCUGUAAGGAUUGGAGUUUUUCCCGUGAAGGAUUCAGCUUGUGCUCUUGAGUUUGCGGAGUGGAAAUCUGUAGUGAAACCGACUGUCCAACUAGAGGAAGUUUGGGUUCUAAUUAGUGGAGCUCCGGAGAGUAUGUAUCGAAACUAUCUUAUUUGCUGGGGUAUGGGUCGUUUUAUCGGCAAGACAAAGAAGAUUGAUAUGGCAUAUACUAGAGAAUAUGGUGUGGUUCGGGCACUUGUUAAGGUGGUUGACAUUGCAAGUAUCCCUUAUAAGAAAUUGGUUUUCCAUGAAGAUGAGGGAUAUUAUCUUACUUUUGAGAUUGAGGAAGAGGUGGAUAUGGUCGAGGAUGAUGAUCCUAAAAAUGGAGAUGAUAAAGAUUCUAAUGCUAGAGAAAAGGAGCAUGAGAAGAGAAAGGACCCCAAGGGAGAUAAUCCAAAGAAUGGAAAUUCAUCCAGGAAGCCACAGGCAAAAAAUGACUUUCCUAGAACUGAGGGCCAUGCAGGAUCUGAUAUCAAUAAGGGUGCGCAUACGGCUGCUCUUCAGACAUUGCCUGAUCUUGCACAUUGCAGUGUUGUGGAGGCGGGUUUGGAGAAGAUCACCGGAUCUACACCGACCCCUAUUUCGAGCCGAAGACUUUAUAUCUCUCCUUCGAUGAAUCAGAAUGGUUGUGCUCUGGUUGUUGAUGAUGGAGAUGGGGUUGGCUUGCCUAAGACGCUAGACUCUGGUAUACUACAGUCUACCGCGAUCACUGACGGCUUUUCUACUCGCAUAUCUUCCCCUGCCGAGCCAGGGAGUCUGCAUGUCAUGACAACGGCUGCUGCCGCGGCAGACCUUCUGCCUUCUUUCUCUGCCGUGGCAGAGCUUUCAGGCGGGGAAAAUUAUGGCCCAAAUUUCUGUUCCACUGAGCUGGUCAAGGCCCGUGUCGAGAUGGAAAAAGUUUCAUCUACUUCACCUACAUCUCAGACUCCUUCGCCAAAAAUUGUGACUCCAUGCGGGGGUCUGAAUUUGAAGGCAAACAAUUUUACCCCGAGGCCGCUUCAGCACUCCUAUGAAGAUAUUGUCGCAUACGGUGGCAUUCCGGAGAGCUCGGCGUUUGGGACUCGAUCGAGUGAUCGCUUAGGUGCGCAACCUAAUGCGGAUCAGCCGCAGUUGGAGAGGGCCAUGCACCUAGCGCAGCAACGUCAAGUUCCAGGAACACCUUUGCUUUUAGGAGGAGACUUUAAUAUUAUUCGAAGUCCAUUAGAGAAAAAUAACGGGAAUUAUAAUGCAAAGUGGCCGUUUGUCUUCAAUGCAAUCAUAGGUUCACUUAACUUGCGCGAGUUGAUUUUGUCGGGCCGACAGUUUACUUGGGCGAGUCGCCGUGAGAAUCCCACCUACGAAAAGUUAGAUCGUGUGCUAGCUAGUGUAGAGUGGGAACAAAAAUUCCCGUUAACUUCUGUGCGCGCACUGACCCGUACGGGGUCGGAUCACACACCUUUAUUACUCACUAAAAUUAUUGAUGAUCUUGAUAUUAAGGCGGAAUCAUCACCCCUUAAUGAAGCAGAGAGUAAGAUGCUAAGGAGUGCAAAUGAUAAGAUUGGAAAACUGAGACGUGAUGAGGAAUCAAAGUGGGCUCAACGUGCUAAAGUUAAGUUUAUCCAAGAAGGUGGAAAUAAUACGAAAUAUUUUCACCUUAUGGCUAAUGGUAGAUAUAGAAAGAAGCGAAUUUUCCAGUUAGAGCAAGAACAAGGGACAAUCAUUGGUGAGGAAAACCUUAGAUUAUACAUAUCUGAUUUCUAUAAAAAGUUAUUUGGAGCACCGGCUAAAAAUAAUUUUAUUAUGAGAGAGGAUUUAGUUGCGGAUAUUACUAGAGUAACUCCUGAGGAGAAUAUAAUUCUAACCGCGGCCUUCACCGAGAAGGAAGUGUUAGAAGCUAUUAUGGAUAUGGAACAUAAUAAAGCUUCGGGACCAGAUGGGUUCCCAGCUGAAUUUUAUCAAUGUUUUUGGGAGGUGCUUAAAAAUGAUCUUAUGGCUUUAUUUGUACAAUUGCAACACGGUGAGCUGCCCCUUUACAAACUAAACUUUGGAAUCAUUACGUUGAUACCAAAAAAAGAGAAUGCAACACAAAUUCAACAAUAUAGACCGAUAUGCCUACUUAAUGUAAGUUUUAAGAUUUUUACGAAAGUUGGCACGAAUAGAAUUACAAGUGUUGCACCCAAGGUGAUAAAACCUACCCAAACAGCGUUUAUGCCGGGGAGACAUAUUUUAGAAGGGGUAGUAGUUUUGCAUGAAACCAUCCAUGAACUUCAUCGGAAGAAAAUGGAUGGUGUACUCUUUAAAAUUGAUUUUGAAAAAGCCUACGAUAAGGUUAAGUGGUCUUUUCUCCAACAAACCUUGCGUAUGAAAGGAUUCUCCCAAAAAUGGUGUCAUUUGAUAAGUACAUUUGUUGAGGGAGGAUCUGUGGGAAUACGGGUUAAUGACGACAUUGGCCAUUAUUUCCAAACUAUGAAAGGACUGAGACAAGGUGAUCCCCUGUCUCCGCUCCUUUUUAAUAUUGUCGCGGACAUGUUGGCUAUUUUAAUCGCUCGAGCGAAAGAAGAUGGCCAAGUUGGGGGACUUGUACCUCAUUUAGUAGAGGGAGGAGUCUCUAUUUUGCAGUAUGCCGAUGAUACAAUUUUAUUCAUGGAGCACGAUCUUGAGAAGGCCGUUAACAUGAAGCUCAUACUUUGUAUCUUCGAGCAUUUAACUGGGCUGAAAAUAAAUUUUCACAAGAGUGAGAUUUUUUGUUUUGGUAAGUCAAAAGAAGUGGAAGAUCAAUACAAGCAGAUUUUUGGUUGUGAAUCUGGGACACUUCCUUUCCAUUAUCUUGGCAUCCCAAUCCAUUAUAGACGAUUAUUGAACAAAGAAUGGAGUUCCGUCGAAACUCGUUUCGAACGUAAAUUGGGGUGCUGGCAAGGCAAGCUCCUCUCAUACGGAGAUAGGCUGGUCUUGAUAAAUUCAGUGUUAACAAGUCUACCGAUGUUCAUGCUAUCUUUUUUUGAAAUACCCAAAGGGGUCAGGAAAAGAUUAGACUUUUAUCGAUCUCGAUUCUUUUGGCAGAAUGAUCAGCUAAAACGAAAGUACAGAUUGACUAAAUGGAACAUUAUUUGUAGACCUAAGGAGCAAGGGGGGUUGGGGGUAGAGGUCUUGGAACUCAAAAAUAGAUGUUUGUUAAGUAAAUGGCUAUAUAAACUUCUUAACGAAGAAGGAGUUUGGCAAGAACUUUUACAUAAUAAAUAUCUCAAGAACAAAACUUUGUCACAAGUGACUGCGAAACCCACCGACUCUCCCUUUUGGAAAGGACUUAUGGGAGUGAAAGACGAUUUCUUUUCAAGAGGUUCGUUCACAAUUGGGAAUGGCCAACAAGUACGCUUUUGGGAAGACACUUGGCUGGGUGAUUCUCCUUUGGCGUCCCAGUUACCCGUAUGA